AUGGCGUCGGCACUAAUAUUAGGUCUUAUACUCCUAAUUCCAAUCCUCCUGAUUCCGCGCUUCACGGGAUGGCCCAGAUUUGUCCAAUCCCCAACCAAGCUUCUCCUAUGGUGCCAGCGUCCCAAACAAUCCACGGAGAUCAUCUCGUUGCGCAUAUACCCUAUAAAAUCCUGUCGAGGCAUAGAAGUCCAAUCAACAGUCCUAAAACAGCAUGGCCUUGACCUCGACCGCCGCUGGAUGCUCAUCGACGCGUCGUCAAAUACCUUCCUAACAAUUCGCCAAAUCCCCGACAUGACCCGCAUCCGCACCGCCCUAAGUGCCGACGGCGACGAGUUGGUCGUGAGUAUCCCGAAUCCCGAAUCCAAUGAAUCCACCCAAGACCAAGGCCAAGAUCGUCAAUUUCAUACAAUCCGCAUCCCUUCCCAUCCAUCCCCGCAAUGGCUAGCGGCAAAUACGAAUAUGGGCCCCGUACACAUCUGGGACACAGAGACAGACGGGUACAGGUACAGCGACGAAAUCAAUGCCCCUUUCUCCGCCUUCUUGGGUCGCGACGUUGCCCUCGUCUACAAGGGCCCGACCCCGCGCGUGCUGAAGGGUAACGGCGCCCCACACCGUUUGGGAAAGGUGGGUAUAGACCCGAUUACUGUCGAGCGGUUCCGUCCGAAUAUUGUUGUUCGCGGCAAGGCGCCGUGGAGCGAGGAUUCGUGGAAGUUGGUUCGCAUUACUGGUCGGAAUGCUGAUGGUAUUUCUGGUGAUUCUGCUGGUGACGGUGGGGCUGUUACUCAGUCUCCGCUGGAUCUGGAUAUUGUGGCUCGUUGUGCGCGCUGCCAGGUGCCUAAUGUUGAUCCAGAUACGGCGCUCAAGAAUAAGAAGCAGCCGUGGGAUACGCUUGUUUCGUAUCGCAGGGUUGAUGAGGGGAUUAAGUAUAAGCCUUGUUUUGGGAUGUUGAGUGCACCGCGUAAUGAGGGGGCUAUUGAGGUUGGGAUGAAGUUGGAGGUUUUGGAGGAGACGACUGGACAUCGAUAUGUUGCUGGGUUCUAG